UCAAGUCGUAUCUGAGAGACCCAAUCUCUGUGAAUUGAUUAGUUGCAAUGGAAUUCCAUUAGUCGACUUAGAUUACAAUAAUCAAUCGGAACUUGUCCGGCGUGUCAUUGAUGCAUGUCGAAUAACUGGAUACGUUCAGUUUUCAUUGUAGGGUCCUAUUCUUUAUCCCAUGUAACAUUAGAAGGACAAGAGAGAUUCCUUCUCUGUAGAUCCAAUUCAACAUCAUCCACAGCGGUAGAACCAGGUAGAGAAGCUGAAAUCGGUGGAAGACGGACCACUGUAGAGAGCAUGGGAAGGAGUCAUUAUUGAAUAUUUUGAUUAAUCAAAGAUUUGAAUUACUAAUUCUUUUUUCCUUUCCAUAACUUUGUUACAUUUCUUUCUCUAAUACAUGUUCAAUAUAAGGUCUUAAAAAUAAGAUGAUACGUGGACUAAUUAAGUCCAUACAUUUCUACCACAACAUUAUUCACUAUAUCAUCAUAUGUUGCGAGUUCGUUGCAGAACCUUGUGCAUCGGAACGCUACCCUACUUACUAAAUAGUCUACAUACUCCUAUGCAUGGUAAACUGACUGCGGUGCAGAACACUUUCCUGCAUACUUCCAUGUGGUGAACAUUGCAUCACUACUCAACAGUCGUGUUAGUGGCUGAGUGAUGACUUAUCUGCACAUGGUAACCAAUUGGACUAAUCAGUUGGCUUCAUACUAACAAAAUAUCUCAAAUAACAUUUUAAUGUUUUAUUAGUGACCUCUGUUUGUCCAUCAGAUUGAGGAUGAUAUGUUGAGCUACGACAGAGUUUUGUAUUUUGCAGAGUAAAUUAAGCUUCCCAGAAGUUGCUCAUGAAGAUGGAAUUUCGAUCACUAACUACGAACAAUCUCACGAAAAGACAUCUCCACAACAGAGCUAGCACAAUAAAGAUGCGUGAGAGCUAUAAAGUGUGUAUAUUUGGAUAAGCGAUCCAGUACCACCAGAAUUGAAUUUUUACGAUGGAAAUCCAUCAAUAAAUCCACACAUCAGAAAUCAAGAUGGGGGACUUUAAGGAAAGACACCUGCUUCCGGGUUUUAGAUUCAAUCCAACUGAUGAGGAAAUGAUAUCUUCCUAUCUAGCCCCAAAGGUUAGAAAUGAACUAGACAUGGACUGCGACUGGUACAUACAUGAGAAAAAUAUAUAUGAAUAUGACAGUCCUUCAGAUCUCUUUCAAGAAUUCCAGAGCAAUCAUUCGAGGUACUUUUUCUCAAAAAUAAAGAAGGUAUCUCCAAAUAGUAAGAAGGUAAAACGAUGUACCGGAGAUGGAACCUGGAAGGGGGAAGAUAAGGGUGCAGACAUAACUGACAAUGAUGAAAUAAUAAUUGGAACAAGAAAACAAUUCACCUUCAAAUGGAACGUGAGCAAGGAAAAGACGCCGAGUGCAGGUAAACCGGAGAGGGGCCGUUGGAUCAUGCACGAGUAUGCGUUGCCCCCCAAGUUUUACCAACUUCACGGUAUUGAGGAUGAGUGGGUUCUAUGUAUGAUCAAGACCAAAACACCAUUGUUAAACAACACAGCUCCAAUAGAACAACCAUCACCCCGUAGACAGCCAACAAAGAAUCCUCGAACAACAAUGUUGCGGACCUCAAUGGAUAUAGUAAACGCAUCACUGGGUAAUGGACCGGCAACGCCGUAUGCAUCGCCGCUGUCAGAGAAAACAACUAUGCCACUGUUCAAGGGUAAAGAGGUAUCACCACCAACAGUGAUGCCAAGUAUGUCACCGUUCAUGGCAUCUUCAUCUACGAAAGUACCGCUAAAUAAUAGUAUGUAUGGUGACGACUGCUUCGACUUAUUGGCUGAGAUCAAUGAAAACUGCGAUGUUAUGGAUGCUAUUUCAAUGUCAUUCCCAGAUGCCGUGAAUCAAACAACAAUUAUGGGUCCUGAUGAGUGUCACUAUCCAGAUCACUGGCACAGAUACGCAUACGAUCAAUCAAAUUUCUCCAAUACGCUUAUCGACAAUAAUGCGUUUCCAUUUUCAUCCCCUGGGCAAUUUCCAGAAAAUAAUCUAUUAAGGCUUCCCGAGGAUGGUACCACAUACGCCGGACCAACGUCAUCUUCAACAAUGCCAUUCCACCAGCAACACCUAACUCAAGAUGACAGUCAAGUGGGUGCCCGAAACACAUGCGGUUAUCAAUUCACCAACUCCCCGAUUGGAGAAAUGCAAGAACUUCCCGACACAGAAGAGGAUAUUAAUGAGUUUAUCGAGAAAUUAUGCAUAUGAGUAAAUCAUGGAACAAUAGCGGACUUUGUAUCGAAGCAAGCAGAGUCUAUAUGGAAGAAACCAAAAAAGAGGAUACUAAUUAUACUAAUUAGUAAGGCCUAUUCCUAUGCGCAUGCCAAAAAAAAGCUGUUUGGCAUACUAGGCGGCAUGACAAACCAAUUGCGCCACUAUGGAAAAACCACAUAGCGACCGAGUUUCCUAUGAGCGAUAUUGCCAAUAUCGCUUGCUAGAAACUCGAUCCCUGGUAGGGCUGGCAACGGAUAACCGAUAUCUGAUAUCCAUUUCCGAAAUCCGACAUCCUAUAGGAUUUUAUCCGACAUAUCGGAUAUCGGAUAUCGUAAUCGGAUAUUUUAUCGGAUAUUUUCUCUUAACGAUAACGAUAUUGGAAUAGGCUUUUCCGUUAGGUUAAUAUCCGAUAUCCGAUAGUCUACUGAAUGUCCGUUAGGGAAAUGCAGGUAAGAACUUAUCCGUUAGGGAAAUGCAGGAUAGUUGGAGUUGCGACUGUCCAACCUAUUGAUGAUAUUUUCAUGAAUACGUUUCUCGGUCUUCCUACUGAAUGUCUUGCCGAUAUGAAUGCUACCAUCGCCACUUCGAGUUCUUAGUUGCAAGUUGAAAGCCUCAAGCUUCAUUACUUUAGACUGUAAACAUCUUCUUACACAAUGGAGCCUAGCAUUUUGUUGGACACACUGGAAUUCGUAAAUGGAAUUAAUGGAGAUUGUAUAUCCAUUGUAGUCCAAAAAUGUAUGCUAAAUAUAGUUGCAUAGAUUUCUUCUUAUACUUCUUGGAACUGUUCAACUUCAUUCUCAAAGAUAAGAAAAUUUCCUCACGUCAAGUGGAUGGGAACGACCACCA